CGGUUGACGGGCUCGAGGUGACACUGAGGGGCUUCAGUGUUUGAGGUGACGCUGACGGGUUCACGGGGGUGGGGGUUUGAGGCGGUGACACCAUCGCUGUGUGGAGUUUGCGGUCGCUGCGCAGCUUGCGGUUGAGGCGUCGCUGGCUGGGCUCUUCGUGCCGGCUUCUGCUCGAGGCGACCAGACCUUCGCCGUGUCCAGGCGGCGUUGAGCGGUUCACAGUGUUAAGGAGGGAAGACCUUCGUUGUGCCGGACCACUGCCGUCGCCGUCGUCUUCUCCAUCAACCAUGCAUCGACCUCCCGUGCUCCACGUCGCCGCCCUCCUCCUGUUUACAGGAUUUUCCCUGACUGAAGCAGUGGAGAUUAAAGUCCACGACAACAAUAACAAAACCUGCAUAUAUGCAAUUUUAUCCGUCAACUUCACUGUUGUUUAUGAGGGAAAUGGAACAAUGGAAAAUACAACCUUUACACUGCCUAAUUCAUUGUCGUCAAAUGGAAGUGUAUGUGGCGAUAAUAAAUCAGCUCCUUUGUUGAAAAUGAACUUUGGACCUGGUCAUUCCUUGAGCCUAAAUUUCUCCCACUCUGCUGGAAUAUUCAGAGGAGAUGUGUUGACCUUCACGUACAACACCAGUGAUACAAAUCUAUUUCCUGGAGCAAAAAACACAAGUGUAAAGCAAGUAGCUGUGGAUUCCUUAAUGGAGGCUGCACCACUGAACACAGUUUACACAUGUAGAAGUGCCAAAGCUAUUGCAAGCAAAGAAGUAAUCAUGGUUUUUUAUGAUGUUGGCUUACAAGCCUUAGUGGAGAAUGGAACAAUUAGCAAAAAUGAAUCAAUCUGUAAGGCAGACAUGUCCACCACCAUGAGUCCACUCACCACUUGGACAGCCUCAACCAUGACCCCGACUAAACCGCCACCACCACCAAUACCAUCAGUGGGCAACUAUACACUCAAAAAUGGCAGUGAGACUUGUCUCCUUGCCAACAUGGGACUACAGCUGAAUCUUACCUACGUGGAGGAUAACCAGACACGACUGAUUAAUAUUGAUUCCAAUUCUACUGCAAGUGGAUACUGUGGGGAUCAAGAUGCAACUCUUGUGCUAGAAGAUAUGAAAACAACUAUUAUAUUUCACUUCAUCGUGCAGGAGCAAUCAAAGUUCUUCUUAAAGGAGGUGAAAGCUAAUAUAAGCCUGGUUGUGAAUGGUUCAACAAUCCCACUUCAAUUCAACAAUAGCAGCCUGAAGUACUGGCAAACAUCUAUCGGAAGUUCAUACAUGUGCCACAAAGAGCAGAGGCUGAGGGUGACUGACCAAAUGGUUAUUAAUACAUUUAAUGUGUGGAUCCAACCAUUUGAGCUGAAGUCUGGAACCUUCUCGAGAGCUGAAGAAUGUUCUCUGGAUGAUGACAGCAUUCUUAUUCCUAUUAUUGUUGGAGCAGCUUUAGCUGUCUUAAUUGUGAUUGUUGUGAUUGCCUAUGUGAUUGGAAGGAGAAAAAGCUACGCUGGAUACCAAACACUCUAGAUUUGGUUUUGAUUCACCAAAUAAUCAGUGAUGUGAUUAUAUGAUUGCUAUCUAGCAGGUGGAAGUCCUCGCCCCUUCAACUUUUUAAAUUGCACUAGGUCCUUGCCAUGUCUCUGGGGCUGAACUUGCACCUAAUUCUACUUGUGGAGGUGAAAUGUUGAAAGUACAUUGCUGGCAUUGAGGGAUGAAAAUUUGGCUUAGACGUCAAGGCGUUAUUCCAAGAUAAUGCUGUUCAGUCCAAUCUAUAAGAUCUGUUUGGUAACCUGCUCUUGAGAUUAACAUUUAAGAAUGAGUAAUGUUUGCCAGCAAUGCUUCUAACAUUUCUACCUAUUUAAUGAAUAUAAAAUCUAAAACUGAAUGUUAUACAAUCAGUUCUAAUGUAGCUUGUUUAGAUGUGCUGUGGAAAAUGUAUAAAUGUUAAUAAUGUUUGUGUAUAUAAGUUUCAAAUUUAGCAAAAAUGUUUAUAGGAACAGCUGUUGGGUGCCUUGAAUUGUAGAAAACCUUUCCAAGUUUGUAACAUCUGUUCUUAUUGGCAUGUUCUAAUGUUAACCACUGAUAUAAUUUCUAAUUUGGCAAUCUGGAGUUUUUCACUGCAGUCGAGACAUGAAGUUUUGAACAUUUUGGCUUUUAUCUUGGUAUAUCUUAGAAAAAUUACAAGCUUUUCCUGUAGUUCAUUUUUAUGUAAAGUUUAACUUGCAUUUAUAAUAAAGGAUCCUGCU